AUGGCUGUUUAUGGUGAUGUAAUCCGGCCAGGAAACCAGUGUAGAUGCAGAACUGUUGAUGAAAUGCUUGGAAAAUUUAAGUGCAUCAGCAAGGGUCUAUCCACAUGGAAAAAAGAAACCAUAGUGAAAGAGGAGUUUGUGAAGCAUUUAGAGUCCACUGCCACUAGCAAUGAAGAUGUUGAAUACAAGUAUCUUCCUAGUUGUCCAGAUGAUGAGCCUCAGAAGAAAAUUAAUCAAGGUACCAUUCUUAGCAACAUUCAAUGGAAGAAAUUUGGACUUCUUUGUUUUGUUUGGAUUGCAGUUCUUCUCUUGCAGAUUGCCAAGAAUUAUACAGCUACAUGUUCAAUCAAAUACUGGUUACUAACUUUGUUACAGACACCAGUUACUGUUGGGGUUUCAAUGUACCAAGCAAUAGGCCUAUAUCAAGGGAAGAAGAUUACAGUUUCUAAGCAAGAUCAUGGCACACAUUGGCCUUUGCAUCUUCUGAUUGUAUCACUUUCAUGUGCUUUGCUAGCUGGAAUAUUGGGUGGACUUCUUGGUGUAGGUAGUGGAUUUGUCAUGGGUCCUUUGUUUAUCGAAUUCGGAAUCGCGCCUCAGGUAGCAAGUGCCACGGCCACAUUAGGAAUGACAUUCACAGCAUCUAUAUCGGUUGCGCAAUAUUUUCUCUUGAAUCGAUUUCCGGUUCCUUAUGCUCUGUAUCUUACCAUUGUGGCUACAAUUGCAGCAUACAUAGGACAGAAAAUAAUUGACAGGCUUGUCAAUAUCUUUCAAAGAGCUUCUUUGAUUAUCUUUGUCUUAUCCUUCACAAUUCUUGUUAGUGCAAUUGCACUAGGUAUAGGCAGUAUGGCUUGUGGGAAAGGUAUGCAGAGUUAUAUCCAAAUGAAGAUUUGAUUUAUACUGUUGGUGUUAGUGACUACACAAAAGAUUGGUUCUAUGCACAGGUUACAAGAAAGAAAAAUGAAGAUAUUUAUGAAGGAACUACAUGGCAAAUAAAGUUUAACCUAGAUGACGUGGAAAAAGAUGAAAUAUAUAAAUUGCGAUUGGCUCUUGCAAGUGCAAAUGUCUCUGAAUUACAG